GUGCGGGGGGUCACCGCUCCAUGGAGAGCGUGAGUUGGCUGCCAGUGUGUGCUGUAUCUUUGUAUGGUUGUACUGUAUCCCUUCUCUCUCUCACGAACCUUUUGUCUCCUUCCUCCCGAACCACCUCCACCCCUCCCAGCUCCCACUACUUCUUGUGAGUUCCUUGCUGCUGCGGCUGCUUGCUUCCCUCAUCUCUAGUCUGUACACUGGUUGGAGUGGUUGCUACUUGCUAGUGUCCGAGUUCGACCCACUUGUUCCUCUCAAUCCCCUCUCAUGGAUGUGCAUACAUCCUCUUCAUCUUCUGGUGGUUGCUUGCUUCUUCUGGCUUGAAGUUGAAGGCCUUCGCCUCGCCUGGGGGAAAGCUUCCGUUUCGCGUUCCGUUCCUGGUGCCACUACCCACUGCUGUGGUAUAAAGGCGGAAGCUUGAGCCAUCUUUUGAAGAAAUCCCGGCGGAAGAUUGCUCCGCCGCUGCGGUUUCGCGGCGACUGUGGCCGGUUGCCGCAUUCGCCGCGCUGGAUUACGGUGGAAGGGGGCGGCGUCGUGAGGAAAUCUUGCUCUGCGAUCAAUCGCUCAGCUGCCCCCCUUGCUUUCUGGGCGGUUGUCGGUGCUGCCUUUUGUAGUAAAGAGUGGGAUCUUGCGGCCGGCGGUGGCAUCAUUGCUGGAUCGAGCAAUCUUCGACGGCGACCUCCAUAUCUGCGCGACCGAUCUGUGCGCGGUUGAUCAUCUCUUCCCCGGCAUUGCGAGGCGGGCUCGCCGGGUGGUGUGGAUUGCCGCGUGAGAAGAGCAGAAGAGCGGAGCUCUGCGCUGUGAUCCAAGCGGGCUCCUGCACGCCAGGUGUUUGCUGAAAGGCCCAAGUGAGCGAGCCAUGAGGGACUUCCCGUCCUGCUUCGGCGAGAGCGGCGUCCAGAUCGCGGAUGCGUCGUCCAGCGCCGGCAAGGGUGCCGCGCAGAACCUGGUGACCUGCCUCUACCAGACGCAGUUCUCGGGCCGGCCCUGCGUGAUCUCGGUCACGUGGAGCAAGAGCCUCAUGGGGCAGGGCCUCAGCAUCGGCGUGGACGAUCUGUCCGGCCAGUGCCUGUGCAAGGCGGACAUCAAGCCGUGGCUCUUCUCCAAGAAGAAGGGGUCUAAGAGCCUCGACGUUGAGGAUGGCAAGAUUGAGAUCUUCUGGGACCUGUCGGGCGCCAAGUUUGGUGCUGGGCCAGAACCAGUGGAGGGGUUCUAUGUUGCAGUGGUGUUCGACCUUGAGCUUGUGCUCUUACUCGGUGACAUGAAGAAGGAUGCUUACAGGAAGACUGGAGCCAACCGGUCGAUGCUGAAUGCUGCGUUCGUGGCGAGAAGGGAGCACAUAUAUGGCAAGAAGGUCUACUCUGCUAAGGCGCAGUUCUGUGACAAAGGCCAGUUCCAUGACAUUGUUAUCGAGUGCGAUACCAUCGGCCUGAAGGAUCCAUGUCUCGAAAUAAGGGUUGAUAAGAAGCCCGUGAUGCAGGUGAAGCGCCUGGCAUGGAAAUUUAGGGGAAAUCAUACAAUUCUCGUUGAUGGUUUGCCUGUGGAGGUUUUCUGGGAUGUCCACAGUUGGCUCUUUGGAUCGACGGCAAGCAAUGCAGUGUUCAUGUUUCAGACAUGCCAGGCACCUGAGAAGUCGCUGCCAUGGUCAUACUCGCAGAUUUUUAGGGAGUCCCAGUUGCAAGGUCUUGGUUUCUCGUUGAUCCUGCAUGCAUGGAAGCUUGAAUAGGUUUUCGCAGGAUCACAAUUUGCUUCUGCACCUGCCUCCUUUUCUUUAGUGCUAACAAAAAAUGUUUUGUUGAAGUGUCUGUUCAUCAGAAUGCUAUGGAGGCUCUCCAAUAUAUGUUCUUUCAUUUCAUUUUGUUUUUGUUUUGCCAUUUUUUUAUAAACGCUUUGUUUGAAUGAUUGGCAAGAUUAUGUGAUAUCCCAGUGACUUCGGCACUCUGUUCUCUCCCUUCUUGUGCCUUAAGUGAGGGUAAUUCUGAUGAUCAAAUAGUUCAACAGUGAUAAUUCUCAAAAAAGAGAAUGUUGUCAUGAUGUAAAGUAUAUCAAGCCUCAAGCCUGUGAUACAGUUUAUUUGUCAAUGAUAGUAAUGUCUAACAAAUUUGAGUUGUCUGUUGUUUCUCCUUUUUUUUUUUGUUGUUGUCUUGAGAUCACUCAAUUCUUCUGGACAAGAAAACUGUAGAGUACAUCUCAAUAGAAAUUUUGUUCGGUGGAAAAUUUAGGAGUUUUAAGGAAUCAAAACAUGUGACUACCUGAGCAGCAAGCUUUGUAACACUGAUAGCUGCCUUUUUGUGCUUAUCUGUGCACCUGAACGUGAUUAUCUUUAGUAGGACUCUGAUCAUCUUGAUAAGUAUCCUUAGGUUAGAUAAAAACAACUGGGCAAGAAGAUUCUUAUAAAAGGGCAUACCCAGUGCCGUAGGCUUCCCGCAUUGUGCGGGGUCUAGGGAAGGGUUGUUUUAAGCACCAAGCCUUUCCCGCACAAAUGUGCGGAGGCUGGGGCUCGAACCCAGGACCUUCCGGUUACAGACGGUAGGCUCUACCGCUGCACCAGGCCCGCCCUUUGGCAAGAAGAUUCUUAUGUCACUUAUUUUUCUAUAUUUUGAGUUUUUUUUAGCUCCAAUACAGUUUGUUUGUUUGCCAAUAGUGUGCAACAAAAUAUUGAGUUGCUUCUUGUUGUUAUGCUGAUUGUCAUCUGUUACAAUUGUACCUGAAUAGCAAGAUUAAAUGUACAUCUAGAUAUAAUCUUGAACCUGUGGAAAAGUUUGAAGUGAAGUUUUAAGGCAUCAAGACACGUGCAUACGCGAGCAUCAAGGUUUGUUUGUAACCCUUCUUUUGUGCUUUAUGUGUGGGCACCUGAAUGUGCUUAUAUUUUGUAGGAAUCUGGUCGUUCUGAUGAGCGUUCUGGUGUUCUUCAGAUAACAACUUAAUCAUUGAAUGCUGAAUCUGGUUCCGUUUGGUCAACUUUGGUUUAUUCAUAUUCCAAUUAUAUUUUUAAAUUCUUUUGUGCAAUGCUGGAUUGUUUUUCAGCAUUUUCUUCUGGUUCUAAGAAUAUCUUGUGUUUGCCCACCCAAUAAAUUGCAUGUAGCUUUGGUGCUUUUCAUAGAGACCGUAUUGACACUGGGAAUGGACAAGGAAACUUAACAGCUUUUCCAUCUGAUGGACCACUUCAACUGUGAUGUUGAAAAUAGAGAAAAUAAAUGAGGCACUAUAUAUAUCUUGAGUUGGCAACAAUAAAUUGAACAUCUCUCAGCCAUUUUUUUCUUCACUGAUAGGAACACUACUUUGUAUACCGCAAUUUGUGCUGCUCCGUAUUUCCUAAUUUUUGUAAUUCCAUUGCCCUUUCCCUUUCAGCAUAAAUUGUCAAUAUCGUCAUUACCUCUACACAGGAAUUUAUUGAAACUACAGCGCAAGUCAUGUGCUUCUGAAAACUGGCGAGCAAUAUUGAAUCAAGAAAGCCAUGGAUUAACGGUCUUCUAGGUGGGCACUUAUGUCCAUUGAAUUGUUUUAUGUAGAUAUCAUUAAGGAAAACCCUCAUAUGUUGCCAAACAGCAUAAAAACUCUCAAAUGCAACUUAUGAAGUUUCUUGUCAUGAAUUUGGGUUGCAGAGUAGCUUUCCUGUUGUACUAUCUGAUAAUCUGAAUCAAAGUUAAGUUCAUCACUAUCUCCUUGUCCUGGCCCUCGUGAUGUUUUUUUUUCAUUCUUUGUUGCCCUCAUUUCUAUUGUUGGUACUAUCAGAGAAAAAUAAUCUUUUCCCCCUUUUUCAUAAUGGUGGCCAGGCCAGGAUUUGAUCCUGGGCCAGGGGAGGUUUGAUCACUUUGCUCUUUAAAAUUGAAGCAGAGCCUUCCUGCACAAAUUAAUACAAACGCAUGGCCUCCUUUGGAUGCUGACAUUUGAGAAGAACACAGCAAGUGAUGCUAGUUAUUGUCUACUUCUGAUGGUGAGUUUCUUUUCCUGUCAACUAUGUUUGGUUGUAGUGCUAGUCUAGAAUACGAAACUAUCCUGAAACUACUGGUAUCAGCGAGUUAUGGUCGUAUGGAGGGCUAAGUACUGUAGGAAUAUUGGUGUGUUGCGUGCUUCAGAAACUUAUCUAUGGGGUUUUUGGGAUAGCGACACUGACAGAUCCCUCUCAACAGGGAAAAUGAGAGAAAA